AUGAAGUUUUAUCGAACCCUGCAAAAUCAGAAUUCUUCUAAAUCAGGAGAAAAUGUAUCUCCCUCUUCAAAUCCUAAAAAUCAGUCCAAUAUAGAUAUGAAGAAGCCGUCUGACGUGGAAAAUAAUAAAAAACAUGGCGUUGAAGAAAGCCAAAUAGAUUACUUUGCAAAUCACCACAUUUCGAGAUCUUUUAAUAGUCUUAUAUUAGAUGAUCUCAAUGAUGAAAUUAAACAAAGAAGGAGAACAAUAAAUAAGAGCCCACCAUUCAAUGUCAAGGAAGAUUAUUAUGGAGAGCAGAUCGAUGAAUUUCUAAAUAGAGAGACCACUAAGGAAGACAUAGAAGAUGGGAACGAAGAUGGCGUUACGGAAUAUCGGAGUCCUUCAUUAACUCUUAUUGGUCCCAAGAAGCUAUUCAACAGCCAGAGCCAGGAAUUCGAGAGAUCAUCAUCUCAAUCAUCAAUAAAAAGGUCUUCUAAGUUUCUCAACCUAUCUAUCGACUCAAAUCUAUCAUCAGCAUCGUUUAAUGAGGACGAAUCUGUGUCCUUGCAUAGCUCAAGUCCCAACAAAUCAACGCCUUUGCAUAACAAAUUCAAACGGCCACAUCAGCUAGUGAGCCAAUCUCCUUCCCCAUCAAAUAAGUCAAAGGGCUUUAUUUCAGCGACUGCAAAGUCUUCUCUAUACAAACAAUCACCGAAACAGUAUUCACCUUCCAGAUUGGGUAUAAAAGGCUUCAAAAUGUUCAAGAAUGCUGAUAAAGAUGCAAUUAUUUCUCCUAAUCGUUACACCCCCGAAAGACCAAAAUCAUCGUCAGGAAACAUAUUCAGUACUAACGGUAACUGCGUUAACUUUUCUGCAAGCAAAAUAAGGAGGACGCAACUAGUCAGUCCGUUCAAGAAGCCUAAUUCAUCACCGGAUAUGCAAUCCCUUGGACCUUACACCUUUGAUGGCCCGGAUUUUGACAGUCCUUCAAAAAAUCGAAAGUCAUCAAACUCUUCGAAUAACUCGAUUGUCAUAUAUCAAGAAGGGAGUGUUGACCAUAAUAAAGUAAAUUAUAGGAAAAUUAAGCAUACAUUAAAUGAUGAUGACGAAAAAGAAAAUAAGUCAUAUCAAUUUGUGAAACCCUUGCAGGCUGCUUUUAGGUCUUCAGGAUUAUUGAAAAAAGAUACAGUAAAGGAAACAAGGAAGUUACCUCCUGAAACGCCAAUGAAAAGGAAUCCAUUAAUGGCAAUAAAUUCUAAUAAAUCGAACUUAAUCAAUGUUAUAAGUUCAGUAGACGAACAAGUGGAAGACGGUGAAAGUACUCUUGAGCAGUCUCUUGAAUAUGGUAGAAACGCUCCACUUCCUUACUCAAAUGAUGAGUUUAACGAUUCGAAUUCCAGUGUCUUUAAGAUUACAGUCACUAAAGAGCAAGAGAAUAAGACUUUCUUAGGUACUGAAUUGGAUCUAGAUUUAGGAUCAGAGUUUGAUUUUAUGAUGCCCGAAACUCCAACAAAAACUGUUUCGAAGUCUCAAUCGAUACCUGCAAAUUUCAGUCCAGUUCAGUUUUCUAAGGCUCGAGAUGUGGAGACAGAAGCUCAUCACAAAGAACCUUCAACACCUAACAGUUUUUUCUUUAAUCAGCAGGAUAUCACUUCAAAAAAAUCAUCCAAAAUUGAUGAUCAUUUGAUUAACAAAUUUGGUAUGGACAAUAUCAAAUAUAUUGGAUCUGGAGAAUUCUCUAUUGCUUACGAGUGUCUGUUUCAAAAUCAAAAAUUCGCAAUCAAGAGAUCUAAGAAGCCUAUCAUUGGAAAGCUUGAAAAGAAGAAUAUAUUACGAGAAGUAGAGGCUUUGAGAGCUUUAUCGAGCGUUAAAGAUAACGAAACACUUGAUUUGCAGGAGCAAGAAGAAGGAAAAGAAUAUCUUGUGUAUUUUAUUGAAGCAUGGAGUUUCAGUCAUUAUUACUAUAUAAUGACUGAAUUCUGUGAUAACGGCUCUUUAUUCGAAUUUUUAGAAGAGAAUAAAAGCUACAAAAUCGAUGAAUUUAGGAUAUGGAAGAUAUUAAUUGAAAUUUUAAAUGGUUUGAAAUUUAUUCACCUGAAAAAUUAUUUGCAUUUAGAUCUAAAGCCUGCAAAUAUAUUCAUAACGUUUGAGGGUUCUUUGAAAAUUGGGGACUUUGGUUUGGCAACAAGGCUUCCAAUUUUAGAAAAGGAUUUCGAUUUGGAAGGUGACAGAAAUUACAUUGCACCUGAGCUUAUCAAUGAUAAAAUUUACACUCCGUUUGCAGACAUUUUCAGCGUCGGUCUAAUAAUUCUAGAAGCAGCUGCCAAUAUUGUGCUCCCAGAGAAUGGUACACCUUGGAGGAAGUUGAGGAGUGGAGAUUUGAGCGAUGCCGGGAAGUUAUCUAGUGACAACUUGAGCGAUUUUUUGCAGCAUCAAAACUUUUCCUCCGUUACUUCGUAUAAUUCCAUUUCUUGCUCUAACAAGUCAUUGAAUCACAAUGGGCAGCCCAGUACUACUGCCGUUUCAAAUAACCAUGAGCAAAGAAAUAUAGAUGAAAUAAUACCACUUGGAGCACCUGACUUCUUGGUAAAUGGAGAUUCAUUAAAGUUGGAUAAACUUGUCAAUAAAAUGCUAAAGCCAAAUCCUUUUGAUAGACCAACAGCUAAAAUGAUAUUGGAAACAAAUGAAUGCAUCACGAUUGAGAAUAGACGAAAAGCAGGGGCAAUCAUCUUUGAAGGUGAAUUUGGCCCGCAAGAAGAGGAUGAUCCAUAA